AUGUCAAAUCACGCUCAAUCCGUACGGAAUCCCGAAUGGCGAACAACACUUGCAGGAGUUACUAACCAGUUGAAGCAUAUCUUGGCCAGUGGUGAACUGAGCGAUGUGCAGUUCGCUGUCGGACGUCAGUAUGGCGACGUGAAGAUUUUCCCCGUUCACAAGUUUAUGUUGAGUCUGGGCAGCGAUGUCUUCCAUACCAUGUUUAACGGAGGUCUGACGGAGAACGGCGGCAGUCCCAUUGAUAUUCCGGAGAUUCUACCGAGUGCUUUUGCCAUCAUGCUGAAGUAUCUGUAUACUGGUUGCGUGGAGGAAAAGCUGACAGCCGAGGAAACAUUGCAGACCAUUUACUGUGCUGACAAGUACAAUCUGCCGCAGCUGGCGGACCUGAGCUUACAGCGCUUUUACACCCCAUUCAAUGCCAACGAGUGCGUCAUCUUCCUGGAAAAGUUUCUGCAUUCGACGCACGAGCUCUCUGCUGGUUUGCUGGAAAAGUGCUUGACGGUGGCAGACACACACGGCCAAGAUUUUUUGCAGUGCAAGCAGUUCAGCGCUAUCGGACAGGAUCUGUUAGUGACCAUUCUGAAGCGCAACACGUUGUGCGCUGAGGAACAUAUCAUCUACACGGCCGUGGAAAAGUGGUCUGCGGAAGCUUGUGUGCGGGACGGUGUGGAGCCUUCGCCGGCCAACCGCCGUCGGGUGCUGGGGCCGGCCUUGUUCCUCGUCCGUUUCGCGCGACUGACCGACGCGCAGCUCGCCAAGGGGCCUGUCGAA